AUGGUUGUUCCUGAUGGUGGAAGUGUGCUUCAUCCGAUGGCAGAUGAUGGUACUACAGAUGAGGUGAUGUCCAGUUCAGAGACGGAAUUCGAUCAGAACCUGACCGGGAUGGAGCUGGAGGAGGUGCGUAAGCUUCAGGAGCUGGUGCGACGUUUGGAGGUCCAAAAUCAAGCCCUGCGAAACAGGGGCAGCAAACUCGUGCUGGGGGGUGCCAGCAACAGCCACCUCAUGACUGGAAGUAACAUUAACAACCUCACAGACUCUUCUCCCGGAGCUGAGGAGCUGUCACCACCUCCGGGGAGCAGCAGCAGUGAGGAGAUGUCUCCACUGCCUGACGCCUCCAGAAUGGAUGAUGAACAGACCGGGUUCUUGAAUCUGCCCUGUGCUUCAGGCUCCAAACAAACACAGAGAUGCUUUGAGAUGAGUUUGUCUCUAGAUAGCUGUGAUUCAGAGACACUUGGAGGAAGUGAUGUUGGUAUGGACCACUCCGCUCUGGAUGAGGUGGAUGUGCUGGACUUGGAGACAUGCACAGAGGCAGAUGAUGAAGACCGCUGGUUGUACGUGUCACCACAGAAGCAUGUUGAGGCAGAAAAUGGGCCCGAGUCUCCAUUGAAAUGGUGCAGGAAGGUUCUGGAUCACCCCAGUCCAGAGACUGAAGUCGCCUGUCAGACUCUCAUCACCCGACUAGACCAGACCACACGGUGGAAGAAUGUGUACAGCAGCCCAUCUCAGGCGGCUGAGGCUGGCGUCUCGGCACCCUCCUCUGCUGGGUACCACAAAUCAACUAACAAAACACUACUAACCUCUGGCAGCUCAGGUUACACAGGUGUCUCUUCCACUCUCAGCUCACAGUCGUCUAUAGACAGUGAAUUAAGCACCUCAGACGACUCUAUCUCCAUGGGUUAUAAGCUUCAGGAUCUGACAGAUGUUCAGAUAAUGGCUCGUCUGCAGGAAGAGAGUCUCCGUCAAGAUUACGCCUCUGCCUCACGCCGCAGCUCGUCGGCCUCCCUGCAGUCUCUACGGCGAGGCACCCUCAGCGAUCAGGAGUUUGACUCGUACAGUCUGGAGGAUGAGGAGGACGAAUGCUGCUCUCUACCGCAGCGGCUCCAGCGAUACUCUCCCUCUCCACACAGCUCUCCCCGCUGUCUCUCUCCCAGCACACUGGCAGAGUACAGCCGCCUCGCCGCCCCUCGUCCACGCAUGUCACAACGCUACCUACAUAGCCCAGGGGCCAAGAGUGAGGAGGAACUGAGGCACAGCAUGCCAAACCUGACCCCGCGCACCAGCCUGCGCUCUUUGGAGGCAGUCAGAAACAGCCGCAGCAUGGAGGCUAACUUACAGAGCUCAGGCAACCGCACGUCCCGCCUACCCCACUCCCCCUCAGGACUGUCCUCCACACGGAUGAGAGUUGAUGGCCAGUCUCCUCUUUCUCUCCGGGCUCCCAUGAAAGCUCACUGUCCUGUGGGCGCUAUGACGGCAGCGCGGCAGCACAUCAGAUCAGGUACCCAGGCAGCUCCCUCAGCGGGGAUAAGGAGAAUACAGUCCCCAGGACCUUCUAAUGGUGCUACAUACUCUGGCUGCAGGAGUGCUACUGCGACCCGACAAACGCCAGGAAGAGGCGUGACACCAGGAGCUCCUUCCUCCAGAGGUAGAAUUCCACAGGCACCAAGAAGCAGAUCACUGGGAAUGACCAAACCCUGUGCUCCCAUUCCUGAUGAAUCCUGGAAAGAUGAUUGUUACUGAUGGCCCCUCCAGUCUUCCUCACAGUGAAGUCCAAUGUGGCUGCCCUGCCUCAACAAACACAGAGGCCCUGAAAUGAGUGGUCACCCUGGGGUGAGCGUACCAAUGGAGGAGUAGAUCUGGCUACACCGUUUACUUCCAGAGGCCGCAACAUAUAUUUUAAUAUUUUGUUUGUUUGUAAAACAUCAGUCUACUUUAUUUUUGUGAAUACUGGGGAAGCUGCUUGAAUAAAAAAUGUAAAUGUUCGAUGUCCUGAAAAACAUGUAAUUUGUGUGAAACAAUGUGGAAUUUAAUUCCUAGAUUCUGUGGAGUAAUCUGGCAUUGAUUUUGCAUGUUUACCUACUUUUAGACAUGAUGUAUAUUUGAUUUCUAUGUACAAUUUUACAUCUCUAAGAAUUAAUUUGAUGAGGUAAUAGUUGUAUUCUAACAAGACAUUUGUUUUAUACGUUGAAGACAGAAGAAUAAGAAUAGUUUUCUCAAAAACUGACCAUUUUUAAACGAUUGAGGCCACAUGAAUCUGCCAAGGUGUAUUACUACUGCAACACUGUUUCUCAGUUCAAAGUGCACAUUUCAUACACAUCCACUACAUCUGUAAAUUCGGAUAUGAAUGCCUGUAUAAUCCAGGAAUAAAUGUAUGCACUAAGCCAGUUAAACCAGAACUAUCUGAGUAUGCAACAAUAAAUGGAGUGCCUCAAAUCACAAACUGUAAUAAAUCAA